CGUGGUCAAGUGGUACAAAUACAAACAAACCAGUUUGUGUUUCUUACACAGCGUGUGUUAAUGACAGCCAACAAGGUGAACUUUUCUAAACUACGUACUUGACUUGACCGUCUCCUUUCGAAUCGACGAUGGUCCGUCCCUGGUUAUGCAAAUAACUAAGAAAUAGUGAGUCCUCAACAUGAAUUUCUCUGAGGUCUUCAAACAAUCCAACCAGCUUUGUAAAGUCUCUCCAGAUGGGAUAUAUCUAGCUACCUGUGUGCAGUACAGGUUGGUGGUACGGGAUGUGAACACGCUGCAGAUCCUGCAGCUCUACACCUGUCUGGACCAGAUAUCUCACAUGGAAUGGUCGUCUGACUCUCAAUUCAUCUUGUGUGCUAUGUACAAGAGGGGACUGGUACAGGUGUGGUCGAUUGACCAGCCGGACUGGCACUGUAAAAUUGACGAGGGCUCAAUAGGACUGGUCGCUUCUCGCUGGAGUCCAGACGGACGUCACAUUCUCAACACCACUGAGUUCCAUCUGAGAAUCACCGUGUGGUCCCUGUGCACCAAAGCUGUGUCUUAUAUCAAGAAUCCCAAAGCUUGUUUCAAGGGUAUUGAUUUCAGCAGAGAUGGUUGCUACAUGGCCUUGGCUGAACGUCGUGACUGCAAAGACUACGUUUGUGUAUUUGUGUGUGAUGACUGGCACUUGCUCAGGCAUUUUGAGACUGAAACGCAGGACCUCGCGGGGUUACAGUGGUCUCCCAAUGGCUGCGUCCUGGCUGUGUGGGACAGCUGCCUGGAGUACAAGGUGUUGCUGUAUUCUCUGGAUGGCCGGUUACUGUCAACCUACAGCGCCUAUGAGUGGUUACUGGGUGUCAAGUGUGUGGCCUGGAGCCCCAGCAGUCAAUUCCUGGCCAUUGGCAGCUUUGAUGAAAAAGUACGUGUCCUUAACCACAUCACAUGGAAGAAGAUUGCACAGUUUGAACAUCCAGCAACCAUCAACAACAGUAAAGUUGUUGUGUAUAGGGAAGUGGAGAAAAAGUCAGCUCCUGGCAAUGAAGAACUCUCUCUCGACAACAUAACACUGGGCUCACCAGUAUUAAGCAGUCACAGCAAAUAUGAGAUCCACCCAACUCCAGUUCAACUGCCUGUGGUCAGACCAGAUCCAGACAGAGCAAACCCCAAGAUUGGUGUGUCUACUUUGGCCUUCAGCUCAGACAGUCGCUACUUAGCCACCAAAAAUGAUAACAUGGCCAGUGUCAUCUGGGUAUGGGACGUACAGAAAAUGAGCCUUGAGGCUGUGCUGGAGCAGACAUCGCCUGUGCGUUGCUUCCAGUGGGACCCAAGAUGCUCGCGGCUGGCCAUAUGUACUGGCAAUACCAAAGUUUAUCUGUGGACCCCGGCAGGAUGUCUUUCUGUCCAAGUCCCUGGAGAUGGUGGUUUCCAGGUCCAGUCGCUGACCUGGCACUGCCAUGGAGAUCCUCUCAUUCUACUUGGGAAGGAGGAGCUGUGUUUGUGCUACACAAACACUGACACUGAGGACAAGUGAUCUGAGCAGCAACAUGAUUGGAAUACAUUUUCCCCAGUAAACUGAUGUCGCACUGAACAUUUUGGAAACCCUGACCUUUUUUUUUCAUGGAAAAAAAAAGACUUAGGCACGUAGCUUUAACUUGCCUUGUAUUUCUUAGCAUUUGUAUUUUGCUAUAUUUUUUGAAUUUUGAAUAAAACUUGGCAUAAUG